GGCUGUUGCCUCAGUCCCGCCCAGCCGUGGGACACGUCGUCCCUGCAAGAGGAGCAGCUGUGCAAAGGGGAGCUGCGGCGGCCGCUUUGGGUAUUUCGCGCCGACCUUUUUCAGACGUUCUUCACAUCAUUUUGAUAUGACCAUUUAAAAUGGAUCCCGGAGAGCAGGAGCUGCUUGGUGAUUAUAGGUACAGAAAUUAUUCUUCAGCAAUUGAUAAAGCUUUGAGGAACUUUGAAUCUUCAAGUGAAUGGGCAGAUCUCAUAUCUUCUCUUGGGAAACUCAACAAGGCUCUUCAAAGUAAUUUGAAGUAUUCCCUCUUACCAAGACGCUUGAUUAUCAGCAAAAGAUUGUCUCAAUGUUUACAUCCAGCCUUACCUAGUGGCGUGCAUAUAAAAGCAUUAGAGUCCUAUGAAAUAAUAUUUAAAAUUAUUGGAACAAAAUGGCUUGCAAAGGACCUAUUUCUGUACAGCUCAGGCCUUUUUCCAUUGCUUGGAGCUGCAGCACUGUCAGUGAAACCUGUCUUGCUCGAUUUGUACGAAAAUUAUUUUCUUCCACUCCAGAAAUCUCUUCUGCCCAGUCUUCAGGCCUUCUUAAUUGGCCUUUUGCCUGGUUUGGAGGAAGGGUCAGAAUUCUAUGAAAGGACUGAUGCUUUGCUUGUGAAGUUGUCCCUGGUAAUUGGCAAAGAAGUGUUUUAUUCAGCCUUGUGGGGCAGUGUCUUGGUUAGCCCUUCUGUAAGACUACCUGCUUCCCUUUUUGUUGUCAGUCAUAUCAACAGAGCAAUACCUGGAAAGCAGCAGAAUUAUGUAAUGGGAACUGAUGUUAAUCUCACAAUACAAGCUAUUUGUGGGUCAAUGCUGGAUUCAAAUGUUCUUGUACAAAGAAACACUUUGGAACUGGUUCUCUUCUUCUUCCCAUUAUAUUCUUCUUUGGACCCAAAUGAAAGUGCUGUUCCACUGUUUAGGUCUGAUGUAGUUCAUCUUCUGUCAGCAGCUGUCCAAACUCUCUUAAGAAGAGAUAUGUCACUAAACAGAAGGCUAUAUUCAUGGUUGCUAGGUACUGAUAUCAAAGGAAGUAGUUCUGUACCAGAUUUAUCUAUUAACACAUCUUUAGAAGAUUAUACCCGCAAUUUUUUUGAAAAAUAUUCCAAAGAACUUUUGGUUGAGGGUUUGAUUGAACUACUACAUCAGAAAUUUUCAGAAUCUGACUUGGAAGAACAGCACCAUGCAUAUUUGAAACCGUUCCGCAUCCUCAUAAGCCUACUUGAUAAGCCUGAAAUAGGCCCACUAGUUGUUGCUGACUUGUUUCUUGAAGUGAUCAGAGCAUUCUAUAGAUAUUGCAAGGAAACACUAGGUUCUGAUCUUGAACUUAGCUAUAGUCAAACUGGGAAUGUCCUUACAAGUGCAAUAAAAGAAAACAAGAAUGCAUCUGAGAUUGUUAAAACAGCUAAUUUGUUGAUCACAUCCUUAAACACAGAUUUUCUCUGGGAUUAUAUGACCAGAUGUAUUGAAGACUGCUUAAGUGGCAGAAAUAAAUCCACACAGACACAACUUCUAACUAAGGGUGCAACAGUUUCAGAACUCUGCAUACUAACAGUGUUUCUUCUAGAUGUGAUACCACUGGAACUUUAUUCUGAAGUACAGUCUCUGUAUCUGCCACAAAUGCUCAGCUGUAUGGCACAAUCCCUCCUUCAAAACAUGGAAGUAUUAAGUUUACCAGAGUUCACACAUGUGUUAAGAACAUGCUUCAAAGUACUUAGUAAAGUACAAAUGCCCUCUGCCUAUCUGAGUACUGAAACAGGAAGCUCAGACUCUAGUCCUGUAAAGGAAGACAACCAGGAAAUAAGUUCAGAAUACAAGGUUCUUGAAGAUGAAGAUGUUCCUUUUCCUUCACUGAAAUCUGAAGACAGUGGCAUCGCUCUUAGUGCUUCAUCUCCUGAACUGUUACAGCACUUGAGGAUACCUAGGAUAAUCCCUGACAAAGAUGAUGUCUGGAAAAAGGGUGGAAGCAUGCAGGUGACUUUGCACCACAUCCAGGAACUGGUUGCAAAAUUUGCCAGUAAACAUAUAUUUGAGGUUCAUUUACAGAAUUCCAACAAUGACAGUGUUUCAAAAGUCCAUGUCAGACAAGGGAACAACAAAGGGAAUAACUACCAAGUUGCCAUAAAUACUGGGGGGAAAAGUCACUCAAGUGAAUCCAGGCAGAUAACGGUGCCUCAGUUGAAGCAAAUGCUAUCCGAUUUCUUCACUGUACGAGGAUCACCUUUUAAGCAGAAAGGUCUGGAGCCUGUCUUUCCUUCUGAUGAACGUGGUCAUCCAAGGGCUAAAGAAGAGAAGGAUUGGGACUUCGAUCAAGUCAUGUUUGAUUUGGGAGAUACACGAGAGGAUUGCAGAGACGCCUUUUCCGCUCUGUGCUAUCUCUUUCUGGAUUGCACUACGUUCCCUGUCUAUCUUUCUGAGGAAGAAUCUGAACUGUUGUAUUUGUCACUCUUCCAAGUGUCUGGAGGCAGUGAAUCCAGUUUUCCCCUGUGGCUCAAAUCCUUGAUGACAGUAUGUUGCUGUGUUAAUGACUGCUACAUUCAGAAUUUGGCCAUUUCUGUACUGCUAGAAGUAAUCAACCAUUCCCAGUCACUGGCAUUAGUUAUUGAAGACAGAAUCAAGCGAUAUAAAAUUCCUGGACAAAACCCCUUCUAUGGAAGACUGCAGAUGGUCACAGUUCCUCCUAUUGCUCCUGGAGUCCUAAAGCUAAUUUCAGAAAAAACUGAUUUCUAUCAGAGAGUUGCUCAAGUGCUUUGGGAUCAGUUAAACAAAGAGACACGAGAGCAUCACAACACAUGUGUAGAACUGUUCUACCGUCUGCAUUGUCUAGCUCCAUCAGCUAAUAUCUGUGAAGACAUUAUCUGUCAUGCAUUACUGGAUCGUGAUAAAUGUAUGAGGCUGGAAGCACUGUUCAGAUUCUCCAUCAUGUGGCAUUUGACCAGAGAAAUUCAGGGCAACAGACCUACAUCCCACAGCCGAUCUUUUGAUAGAUCCCUGUUUGUUGUACUGGAUAGUCUGAAUUAUUCAGAUGGAGCAAUUAGUGCUGCAGCACAGGGUUGGUUGAUACGAGCACUCUCACUUAACGAUGUUACAAGAAUUCUUGAACCUGCUCUUCUGCUUUUAUUACAUCCCAAGACACAACGUAUCUCCCUUCACUGCAUGAAGCGGAAAAACUCAGCAGAAGAGAUGCAUCUAUGGUAUACAAAGAAAACCAUCUUUCAGGAGUCACUGAGGUCUCAUGAACUAUGUGAAAGCAGUUCUGAAGAAACUCUGCCACUGAGCCAAUUCACAGUUGUGGACAGGGAAGCUAUAUGGGCUGAAGUUGAAAAAGAUCCAGAGAAAUCUCUAUUAAAAAAUGACCUCGCUGUAAACAAUUGUUCUCGGUAUGCUGAAGCUCUACUAGAAAUGGGCAAGGAUGAGAGUGAACAUACUGAAUCUGCUGAUACCAGCACUGGGCCUUUGGACAGUGAUAAUACAUCAUCAUUUUCUCCUCUCGAGCAGCAAGAUCUGACCAAUGAUGAGAAUAAUAGUGCCUCAACAGAUGGCAAGAACAGUAUGAAACAUAGUGGUUCUUCUCAUGUUUAUCCUGCUGACAGUUCAAAAUCUAGUGCUGUGAUAAAUCUGGUACGUACUGAUUCUGACAGAACUCGAGCAUCAGAAUCUCUGUCGAGUGAUGAUGAAGUGGAUUUGGAGCUUCAAGCACUUACAACAUCUAGAUUACUAAAGCAACAGAAAGAAAAACAGGAGAUGGUUGAAGCUCUCUUUAAACAUGUUCUCUUGUACAUGCAACCAUAUGAUUCCAAAAGGGUUCUGUAUGCACUUUUUGUGCUUGAGGGAGUGCUUAAAACAAAUCCUAAAGAGUUUACUGAAGCUGUAGCAACCACUAGCAUGGAUACAAGUUCCACAGCUCAUUUAAAUUUAAUCUACAAUCUUUUAGCUCGCCACCAGGAAUCACUUGUGGGACAGAGUUUCUAUGGAAAACUUCAAAUUCAGUCACCAACAGUGUGCCCCCAUUCUUUAUUAAUAGAAUUGUUAAUGUAUCUUUGUUUAAGUUUCCUGCGUUCUUAUUAUCCCUGUUAUUUGAAGGUAACUCACAAAGAUGUGCUUGGCAAUAGGGAUGUCCAAGUGAAAAGUGUUGAAGUCUUGAUCAGAAUGAUGACUCAGCUGACUACAAUGGCCAAAUCAACAGAGAGCAAGAAUAUAGACUUGAUACGCAACUUGCUUGGAAGAUGCAAAAUUCAAGAGUUUGUCCUUCUUUCUCUCUCUGCUUCUAUGUAUGUUAGUCAGAAAUGCUAUGAACAUAUGUUAGCUGAUAAGACUAAUGGUCUAAGUGAACACUAUAUCCUUGAGGAAAGUCUUAUCAACUUUGGUCACGAUCAGAUUUGGAGUGAACACCCUUUACAAAUUGAAUUGCUUAAACUUCUGCAAGUGUUGAUAGUCUUGGAGCAUCAUCUUGGGCAGACUCAAGAGGAACAGGAAAAUCAGCCAGCCCUGUCUAAAGAAUGGCAGAGGGCGCUUAGCUUUCAGGAGGCAAUCAGUGCUAUGCAAUAUGUGCAUCCACACCCUAUAACUUCUCAAGGGUUAUUUGUGUCUGCAGUAGUUCGAGGCUUGCAGCCAGAAUAUGGCUACGGCAUGCAUCCAUCUUGGGUAGGCUUGGUUACACACUCUUUGCCAUACUUUGGGAAAUCUUUAGGAUGGACAGUAGCCCCAUUUAUUGUACAAAUAUGCAAGAAUCUGGAUGAGCUUGUCAAACAAUAUGAGCAUGAAAUUCUGAAGAUGUCAACUAAAAUGUCAGCAAGCAUAAAUUAUAAAAGGGAGAACAUUACACCAGAUUAUCCUUUAACUCUUUUGGAAGGACUUACAACUAUUGGCCAUUUUUGUCUUCUGGAUCAUCCAAACCAAACCAAAAAGUCACCUUUCAAUGCUGAUCCAACAAGUCUAAGAAAUGCCAGGAAUGCCAUUUUGGAAGAGCUUCCUCAAAUCAUUAACACCAUGUCUCUCCUCUGGAAUGUCAUUAAAAGGGAAGAUUCUCAAAAAAGACCAUCUGAUUUCCUAGGAAUAAAAGGCUGUUCAUCAGUUUAUUUUAAAGCAACAAAAAUAUUAAAGAAUAAAAUCCUAGACUUCUUGAAUCCCCUCACUGGACAACUUGGUGUGCAACUAAUAGCUGCAGUAGCAGCAGUUUGGAGCAGCAAAAAACCUGAUAAAUAUCAAACAAAGAUGCCUCCUGUACCUAAUACAUCACAGCUAAUAUUAGUUGACCUUGUUUGUGCGCUCAAUACCCUGAAGACUGACAUUAUACUGCAGCUAAUAAAAGAAGUUGUAAAGAAACCUUCCCAAAUUAAAGGCGAAGAGAAAUCUGCCCUAGUGGAUAUCCCAGUGCUUCAGUUCUGCAAUGCUUUCGUUCAAAGGCUUCCAGCUUCAGCCCUGCAGGAGAACUUCCAGUCGCUAUUAGGAGUGUUCAAGGAAUCUGUACAAUUGAAUUUGGCACAACCUGGUCAUUUUUUGCUUCUCAGCACUCUGAAUGACUUUGUGACAAGAACUCCAAACCAGGAGAAUAAAAAGAAUCAAAAGGACCUGCAGGAUGUAACCCAGAAAAUAUUGGAAGCAGUGGGAAAUAUUGCAGCUUCUUCCCUAGAACAAACUAGCUGGCUCAGCAGGAAUCUGGAAGUGAAAGCUCAGUCUCAGAUCUCUUCAGAUGAAUCCAUUGUGGAAAAUAAUCUGCAUGAUCGUUCCACACUAUCCUCUGUGGUUUCUGCCUCUGCUCCCUCGGUAUACAGUGUUCAAGCUCUCACUCUCCUUGCAGAGGUUCUUGCUUCCCUCCUGGAUAUGGUUUAUCAAAGUGAUGAAAAAGAGAAAGCAGUACCAUUAAUCUCACGUUUGCUGUACUAUGUGUUUCCUUACUUACGCAAUCACAGUGCCUAUAAUCUUCCUAGUUUCCAUGCUAGCAGUCAGUUGCUCAGUUCCCUAAGUGGCUAUGCCUAUACCAAACGAGCAUGGAAGAAAGAUGUCUUAGACCUAUUUAUGGAUCCUGCUUUUUUCCAAAUGGAUACUUCAUGCAUUCACUGGCGAACCAUUAUUGAUCAUCUACUUACACAUGAAAAAACUAUGUUUAAAGAUUUGAUGAAUAUGCAGAGCAGUUCCUUAAAACUGUUUCCAAGUUUUGAGCAAAAGGCAAUGUUGUUAAAGCGUCAAGCCUUUGCUGUUUUCAGUGGUGAAACUGAUCAAUAUCACCUUUACCUUCCUUUGAUACAAGAACGGUUAACUGACAACCUACGUGUUGGACACAGUUCUGCAGUAGCUGCCCAGAUGUUUCUUUUUUUCAGGGUUCUUUUAUUGAGAAUUUCCCCUCAGCACCUAACCUCUUUAUGGCCAAUCAUGGUAACAGAACUGAUUCAAACAUUUAUACAGUUAGAGGAAGAUUUAACUGAAGAACCAGCAAAAAACAACAAGAAAAUGAGCAGACAGAAAGCAUCAUCAAAUGGCAGUGCCGUGUUACUUGGUGACAUACACCAGAAUGAAUUAACCUUGUAUUUAUCAGCCUGUAAAUUCUUAGACACGGCACUUUCUUUUCCAUCUGACAAGAUGCAGUUGUUUCAGAUGUAUAGGUGGGCCUUUGUUCCAGAGGUGGACAUGCAGAGUUGCAGCAUGAUUUCAGAUGUAAUGGAAAGUCACCAGGAAUACAAACCACAUGUUGCUAGAAUCAUGGAUUUAUUGAAGCUAAAAUAUGGGGCAAGUACUAUCUUUCAAGUGACUUUAUUAUUUUUUAUUUAAUUUUUAUCCCGCCUUUAUUAUAUUUUUAUAAAUAACUCAAGGUGGUGAACUCCUUCCUCCUCCUAUUUUCCCCACAACAACCACCCUGUGAGAUGAGUUGUGCUGAGAGAGAGUGACUGACUUUCCCAGAAACAGAAAUCAAUAUUCCUGCUGCUCAGAUGAACUCAAGACAGUGUAGAUAACAUCCCCAUGUACUGAACAGACCUGCUUAGGUUCAGCAACAUUGCUCACUAUUUGUAUAUAUUUGGGAAGGCACAUAGUCUAGUAAUCCUUCUAUGGGAACCGAUUCAAGUUAAUUGACUAGUACAUGAUACAGCUAAUGUAGUGCAUGCCCAAAUCAUAUAAAAUGAGCAAAAUUAUUCAUACAUAAUACAAUACAAAGAUAGCCUCCGCAGCAUACAUUAUAUGCGACCUGAGAGUUUGUUUUCAAGAAGACACAGAUUGUGAUCCUUCAGAUAAUGUUUUAACAAGAAACAGUCAGAAAACACUGUUCUCUUUUAUGAUGACAUAAAAGCAUAUAAAACAUUUUGGUUUUAGCAACAUGUGGAAGUGUGUUUGCAUAGGAGAGAGCCUUCUGAGAAAAAAGGAAAAGCUCAUAAAAGAGAAAAAUUAGAUAAAAGCUAGGGUACUUUUUCAGGAGAGGAGGAAGUCUUGCUUACAUUUACCACUUUAGAGUGAAAAUCUAAAACCAUCCAAGCAUUACUUAGCUACUCCUGGUGGAAAAGUAUUAAACAUUAUAUUUCUGCAUACGUAUCCCAGGUCACUGAAGGCCUGGCACACUCAGUAAAUCUGGUUGUUAUCUCAGGAUAGAUGUGGUGUGAGCUGUUGUUUAUCCAACUUCCUUCUUACUUCCCUAACUUGGUUCAUCCAGUUGUCCUGGAACUGUAAGUCCUACAAUACACAGCCAUUCUUCUAUAGCCAUUCUUCUUCAUUCUCUAAGUUGUUAUCCCAUGAUAUUUAGAGUGCUCAAAAUAUGGAAAAUAUGGUCUGUAUGCUAAGUGAAUAGGCUAAGUGAAAAUGUAUGGGUUCAAAUGAAAAAUAGUAUCAAAUAUAUACUGUAUAUCACAGUUUACAUUAAAUAUACCCAUGCAAAUACAUAUUAACAGUUCAUUUUUUUAUUUUUUAUUUUUUUCAAGGAACAAAAUGUCAUUGAUGAAGCAACAAAAAAUUGUGACUUUCCUCUUUUGGAUCUUCAUUCUGUAUCAAAUAUUACACAGUUAAUUCCAUUCUUUAAUAUAUUAAACUCUGUUUUUAAAGCUGAAAGUGGCAGAUUACUAAACACACACAGCUCCAAGUCUUUUAAAAACAGCUAUCCCACUGGCAGUGGAACAAGAAUUUUGAAGCUAUUGGAAGAGUAUGUUGAGCGUGAUUUUAUAGAUAAUAUGGAAAACGAAUCACUGUAAAACAACAGUUCUGUUCAUAUAAUCAAGUUUCAUUUUGCUGAAAUGGUGAAAUGCUUGAAGCAACAUGCAACGUUCCUUUGCUUUACUGAAACAAAUUAGCUUAAGAAAAAAUGAAGAAUUUUUAUUUUACAAUGAAAGUAGUAGUUUAAUUGAGAUGCUCAUUUAUGAAUGCAGAUUUGUUGACUUUCAAUGUAAAGAUAAAAUGUUCCCUUCCGCUAAGAAAUACAGUAUAUUACAUUUCUCAAAAGGCAGUAGUCUUUUAAAGUUACUUUAAUUCUGCUCUAAACAACUUCUGUAUAGUAACUUACUAAAACAAAUUAGCACGGUUUACAUUACUUACGUUUUUGCUGACCCAGGAGUAGUCUGCACUACGUGCAAGAUUUAUGUCAGCCCCACUAGGUAGAUCAUACCAGAAAAUCAACUCCAUUUUUAUUAAGAUUGGCUGUAAUAGUAGAAUCUUGCAAGUUAUAUUGUUCUGUACUUCUUCCUUCUUAUAGUUCAGUGAAUUAGUUUGCGUGAAUCACUUCCAAAUGUUGUCUCAUUCUGGACUUAAAAAAUGCUUCAGCCCCUUUUGCCUAGGCAACAGACCAUGCAUAAUCUCCAGCAAGGACAUCUUCCUUACUCUCUGCAGGUAGUUGACUCACAGCCUGUGGGUCAUAUGAAGUCCCCUCUAUCCCAUUGCAACCACACAUUGGCAUAAUCUUUUCCAGUGCAAUUUUAAGGCUACCGCUGCAAGCAAAAACUAACGUAUUAGCAAGUAGGCUUCACUAAACUAAAUGGCACUUGCUUUUUGGUAAAUAUCUUUAAGAUUUGUCUUUAUGUUUGCAUGAAAUUUAUAGAAUAACCAUUCUAAAACUAAGAAAGAUUUUUUUAACUUGGAAGUUUUAACUAAUUUAAAGCCAUUGUUGCCUUUUACAGUUUGCUGAAAUGGUACUUAAUUGUAAUAGGCUAAUAAGAAUGUAAAAGAAGGUAUGUCUAAAACUGUACAGUUCAUAAAGACAUGUAUAUAUGUACAGUAUGUAUGGAUUACUAUGCUGCAUUAUAAGUACUAGUUUCCAAACCUGUUCACAAUUUUAUGCUGAAACAUUCUUGUGCAAAAAUGUAUAUUUACUGAAGUGUUGCAUAAGACAGGGAGCAAAUUGUUUUAUAUUUAAAGACUUCUUUUGAAAGAUGAUGGCUCUUGGUUCUAGCUAGGUUUUUGCACAAGAUUUGUAAUACACAAGAAGAACCACGAUACGGAAAAGGUCAAAGAUGCCGUGCAAAUAGCUACAAACAGAAAAAUAGGUAAUAAAGCAAAGAAUCUGUAUAUUCAAAAACUACUAGUCUGUUCUUUAAAUGCAUUUAGUAUUUAAUUUUAUUUUUUUAGGUUCAUAGAAUUUUUUUUAAUGUGACUUUCCUUUUUUCUCCACCUGUAAUGAUUAGCACUUCCAUUUUCUCAAAUAAAAUAAACUGGACAAAAACCAGCCCCAACAUAAAUAUUUCUGUGGCCCAUUUAGGCAACCAUUUAAAUAACUUCAGUGAAUUUUUCAACUGUCAGAUUGUGGCAUUUUUUAAAUUGUGCACUAUUCUUGCAGCAAUUUUGGAUUUAGAUAUUUAAUGUCCAGAAAUUUUUCAUUUGUAAGUUUUGCUCUUCGUUAAGUGCCCACCCAAAUCAUAAAUACUUGAUGUAUGAUAUAAAGAUGUACUUAUUUUAAUCAUAUAUUGUGAAUUAUUUAUGUAUUUUGUAAAGUUAUCCAAAUAUAAUUAAACUUUUCUUUUUCAUUAUGAAUGUAUACUUAUGCUUUUGUAAAUGUUUUUGAUCAAAGAUAUAUUAUCUACUAUAUAACAGAUACCAUUGUGUAAUACUGUGUGUUUCCUGUCAUGUGGAAUUUAAACAUUUCCAAAAUCUUUGAAAA